UAGUUAUUUAUUUAAUUUGAAGUCAAAAUUGACAAGUCUGUCAAGUGAACAAUUUGACUCACCAGAAAAUGUGGUCUUUUAUUGCUGUUAUCAAAAGACAGUAUGAUAUGAUUAUAAUAGAUGGAGGCACGUGAUUCGCUGUGGCGACCCCUGAAAGGGAACAGCCGAAAGGAAAAGUAUGAUUAUAUGAUUAUUAUUUUAUUUUACAAUUUUAGAACAUAUACAAACAAAAAGGAAAACAGUUACCCAUACUCAAAUACAGACAAACACAACACACAAUAAUAAAUACACAAAAUAAAUAUAGUAAAACACGUGCUGCUGUCAAGAACAGCACAAACGUGUAAACACAGUAAUAACACUGGGGGCAAAUUAUUGUUUAUGACCACCUAAAAAGCAUAGUUAAUACACAGCACGGUUAGAUUACUGGGAGGAGGGGGGCAAGAAGAUGUGAAGAAAUAAACAAGAAUGGAGGCUGGAAAGAAGAAACAAAAGUAAAGAAGGCAGGAGAGUACAUGGGGGCCCUCCUUCCUGUCUCCCUGACAGCUGUACUACACAGAAAAAGCUCAAAGAAAGGCUGUUUCUCUGCAGUGUAAUGAAGGUGCGAGCCUGGGACUUCAGGGAGUUUCCACGAACUUUCCCUGGCCACAAAGAACCAAACCUGUUCGGUCAUAUUUUACCUAGUAACAGUGUAAUGGGAAUUAAUGAUUGGCUAGUGUCGUGUAGUGGGCAGUCUCAGAGCGCUUUGAUAAUGUUGCCGUGCUGGAUGCUUUCACUUUAUUUUAGCUCUCCGAAGAAAGCGGACGCACGCGACACGGUGCCAUUCGACCUCCUGUGAAAGUGCUAAAGAAGACCUGCUCAGACAUGAGGUUCGUGCUGUUUCUGGCGGCUGUCGCAGCUGUCUACUGCGCAGAGGACUCCAAACACACUCCACCCAAGGUUCAGGUGUACAGCGUUAAACCGGCAGAGUUCGAGAAGGAAAACACCCUGAUUUGCCAUGUGAGUGGCUUCCACCCCCCUGACAUCACCAUCCAGCUAAUGAAGGAUGGAGUAGAGAUCCCUAAUGCCAAGCAGACCGACUUGGCCUUCAAACAGGACUGGCACUUCCAUCUGACCAAGAACGUGCCCUUCACACCCACGAGCGGACAAAAGUACAGCUGCAAGGUCACUCAUGGGGCGGUCACUAAAGACUACGCCUGGGAGCCGAACAUGUAACUCAGCUGACUCAGCGUUUAUUCUUCACAUCUUCAAUCAACAGAAUCGCAGUUCCUCCGGACUUCCUCACUUUUCUUUUCACAAAACCAAAUCUCAACUUUAAAUUUUCAUUUGCUAUUUUAGUGUAAGGGAAUGCGUGGGUGGCAGGUAAUUUAGUCAUUUGUAUUUAGCGUUUUGCUCGAGUGUUGCUUAGAUUACUUGCAACUUUUUUUUUUAAAGCCUUUGAUACUGAAAAGUGUAUAUAUUCAGCUGAAAUGAUAAAAUGCUUCUGUUUGUUUCUGUACACAAACUGUUAAGUUUUAAUGGCAUAAUUUGUUUCUUCUCCCUAAAUGAGGCAAUCAAAUGGUAAUUGGUCAGAUUCAUAAUAUGUGAGUGGGGUGUUGGACCAGAUAGAUGCGUGUCCCAUAAUUUUGAUUUGUUAUUUAAAGUAUUUGUUAAUUCCCUGUACUAAAUAAAUGCCUCUUGAAAAUUC